AUGUUUGAGAACAGCCCUCAGAGCACUCUCUGCCCGCCGACUCCCCGGUCUGAGACGACCACAAUUGAUGUCGAGAUGAAGAAGCCUGUCCAAGUGAGCCUCCGCGAGCGCCUGCGCCAUUUUACUUGGGCGUGGUACACUUUAACCAUGAGCACUGGAGGGCUGGCGCUUCUCAUUUCCAACCAACCCUUCCAGUUCGAAGGGCUCCAGAACAUCGGUUUGGCUGUAUACAUCAUCGACCUUGUCUUCUUUGCUUUCGUUUGCUCUCUUAUGUCACUUCGCUUUAUGCUCCAUGGAGGGUUGCUCGACUCCCUCCGUCACGACAGAGAGGGCCUCUUCUUCCCGACCUUCUGGCUUUCCGUCGCGACUAUCAUCUCCGGCCUCUACAAGUUCUUCGGCGAAGAUGCACAGGAAUCUUUCCAGCUCGCACUCGAGGCCCUCUUCUGGAUCUACUGCGCCUGCACACUCACGCUCGCAGUCGUUCAAUACUACUUUGUCUUCGCAACCCACUCCUACCACCUCCAAACCAUGAUGCCAUCGUGGAUCCUCCCCAUCUUCCCGAUCAUGCUUAGCGGUACUAUCGCCUCCGUCAUCGCAGAGCAGCAACCCAUCCGUUCCUCGAUUCCUAUGGUCUGCGCCGGUAUUACCUUCCAAGGUCUCGGUUUCUCUGUCGCCUUUAUAAUGUACUCCCACUACAUCGGGCGAUUGAUGCAAUCCGGCCUUCCUAAUCGCGAACACAGACCCGGAAUGUUCAUCUGCGUUGGACCACCGGCUUUCACAGCCCUGGCCCUCGUCGGCAUGACCUCCAGUCUUCCAGAAGAGCUAGACCUCCUCCAUGAUGAAACCGCAAUCCAAGACGCGCGCAUAAUGACUCUCCUCGCAAUAUCUGCCGCCGCCUUCCUCUGGGCCUUGAGUCUAUGGUUCUUCUGCAUCGCCGUUAUUGCAGUCAUUCGCGAGCCGCCCACCUCCUUCCACCUGAACUGGUGGGCUAUGGUCUUCCCCAACACCGGUUUCACACUUGCUACAAUCACUAUGGGCGAGUGGCUAGGUAGCAAGGGUAUCAGCGGCGUCGCGACCGCAAUGUCCAUCGGCAUCAUCUGCAUGUUCAUCUUCGUCUUAGUCUGCCAUGUCCGAGCCGUUAUCCGCCAGGAUAUCAUGUACCCAGGCAAGGAUGAGGAUGUUUCUGAAUAG